CGGAUAGUACAAUUUCAAUGGGCAUAAACUGACCAGAUCAGGGACGAGCGGAGAUACAUGAUUUUUGUCUCCUACCUUCGCUGCAGCGGUCGCAUCGCAUUGCUGAAGUCUGAUAUCGAUAGCAUCUUGCUGUCUCAGGCGCAGAGAGUCUCACCGUCAUUGCUUCCGACGACGCAUACUAACUAGUAUGUUGUAGGAGGAUCAAUCGAGGAUGGUCGAUGUUUGACAUUGGAGUCUGACUCCCUUGGCCGUGGAACAAUCGUAUAUUUCCACAUCUCAUCUUCAUUGUUCAUCAGUUAUUUCUGAUGUUCCAAAAUACAUUGCCCGCUGUUCCUUGCCUCGUGCUCAAGCCUAUUCUUGCUUUGCUCAUUCUUGCAUGGACCCUGUCCACAAUUCUACAUUCCAUAUUGCUACAGUUCAACACUUCGGUUUCUCAUUAUAACCUUCAUGGAUUCCCUGGUACCGACAUCCAACCUUUCCCAUCUACCUCAAUUAAACCUUCCCAUUUUACUUCAAUCAGACAUGUUCUUCCCUCCCCCCCUUACACCUCACCUUGAGAAGUUGCCUCUGGAAAAUAUGGAGGUAUUGGCGAUAGACCGGCUGUCAUGGAUUGCAGAAUAUGAUGUCGAAAAACACGAAUGGGUUACAUUCGGGGGUUUGGAUUCCGAUGCAUCCGCGUAUAAUCAGGACGGGUGGAGAAAGCUGAUCAAGGACCAACAGACCAAGGAUCUCAUUCAAUCCUUAUUGGAUAACAUUGGAUGUUCUCCUGGAAUUCCACAGCCAGAGCAAGUUCAGCAAGGCAUGAAUGUCCUCCUCAAAGGGGAACCAGGAACGGGCAAGAGGACGUUUGCCCGUGCGGUCUGCAACAUGCUCAAGCGCCCGAUGUUUUAUAUUCAGGUCGACGACGUCCCAUACAAUGCUGACGUGCAACCGUGGGCUGCCAAAGUAGCAUCGCUUGCGAUCAAGUGGAAUGCGGUGGUGAUCAUAAACCGCGGGGAUUAUUUGCUGAAGUCUAAAUCUCCAAAGAAUCGAGUGUGUUCUUGAUUGUUGUACCGUUAAUGCUGUACUAGCAUAGCUAAUGCUUCGUCAGAAACGCAUCAACACUGUGAUUCAAGAAUUC